AUGAGGAACGGGUUAGCAUCUGGUGCUCCUUCUACUCUGAUCGGAACGAGCCUUUCUGAAUGCUCCAUCUACGUGCACCUCGAGUUAGAGACCAACAUGGUGAAUGCACCGCAGUAUUUCAGAGAAUCGAUCGAGGAUGGCACCCGGAUGUCGCUUUUCGCUUUGCCGGUGUUUGCGCACAUUAUGCUCCAGUCAAUGCCUCCAAGUGAACGGGAAACCCUGUUGGAUAUCGGAGCAGGACCAACUGUUUAUACGGCACUGUGUUUUCGUGACACCGUGAAAACUAUUUAUCUUUCUGAUUUUUUGGAGAAGAACCUGGACGUGCUCAGAAAAUGGCGGAAUAACGACUCUACCUAUGAUUGGAAACCCACGAUCAGAGUUAUCAAAAGGACGGAAGGUGGUAUGUUAUUAUCGGAUGCGGAAAUGAACGAUAUUGAAGCCAAGGCUCGGGCAGCAGUCAAACGAGGUGGCAUUUUAUACGCCAACGUGCACGAAGACCCUGUUGUUCCAGACCUGAACGACUGCCAAGUAGACAUCUUAGUAAGCAUAUUCACUCUGGAAAGUGCCUGUCAAACAUACCUCCAGUACUGCCAGUGUGUUCAGAACAUUGUAAAGCACUUGAGAAGUGGAGGACGCCUAGUGCUCGGAUCGGUUCUAGGAGACGAAUCGUAUAAUUCUGGAAAUCAGGUGAUCUUCAGCUUGCUCAACCUCACAGAGCAACAAAUAAUGAACGCCUUGGGGAGAGCCGGGAUUGAUCUCGAUUCAAUGAAGAAAUAUGUCCUCGACGAGGAUGGCGUUAUCUUUCUAAUGGCGAUUAAACGCUGA